GUGGCCGGGGGGUUAUUCCCAAGCGGCUGGGGAGUGCAGCGGUCCGCGGCUUUGGGUUGAGUGGCCUCAGCUGGGAGACAGAGCCUGCAGCAGCCAGCCCUGGGAACCCACGGUCACUUGCCUUCUGAUGACACCCACGGAGGGGCGGACGAACAUGAAAUCCAUCCUGCCGUCCAAGCCGCCAUAGACCUCAUUGCGGGCGGCGCUGGGGGCUCAGCGUGUGUGCUGACAGGGCAGCCCUUUGACACCAUCAAAGUGAAGAUGCAGACAUUCCCCAACAUGUACAAAGGCCUCGCCGACUGCUUCCUAAGGACCUAUAACCAAGUGGGCUUCUGGGGUUUAUAUAGGGGAACCAGUCCUGCACUGCUGGCCUACGUUGCCCAGAGCUCUAUCCUAUUCAUGUGCUAUGGCUUCUGCCAACAGUUUGUCAGGAAAGUGGCCGGAGUGGAUCAGAGCGCAGAGCUGGACGACUUUCAGACUGCCACGGCUGGGUCACUGGCCUCCGCAUUUGCUGCGCUGGCCCUCUGCCCCACUGAGCUUGUGAAGUGCCGGCUGCAGACCAUGUAUGAAAUGAAGAUGUCAGGGAAGACAGUACAAACCUAUAGCACAAUUUGGGCUAUGGUUAAGAGUAUCUUCCUGAAGGAUGGUCUCUUAGGCUUCUAUCGUGGACUUCCCACCACUCUAUUUCAGGAAAUACCUGGCUAUUUCUUCUACUUUGGGGGCUAUGAACUCGGUCGAUCAUUUUUUGCCGCGGGAAGACCAAAGGAGGAACUAGGCCCUGUCCCUUUGAUGUUAAGUGGAGGCUUUGCUGGGAUCUGCCUCUGGCUUAUCAUAUUCCCAGUGGACUGUAUUAAAUCCAGAAUCCAGGUUCUUUCUAUGUCUGGGCAUCGAGUAGGAUUAAUCAGAACCUUUUUAAGUGUUGUGAGAAAUGAAGGAAUAUUAACCUUGUAUUCUGGAAUGAAAGCCACUCUGAUUCGAGCUAUCCCUUCCAACGCUGCUCUGUUUUUGGUCUAUGAAUACAGCAGGAAGAUGAUGAUGGACGUUGCAGAAGAAUACUGAAGUGUUUUGAUGAAACCCUUGUCCAAGCACAUGAGUGUGAGGACCAUGGCUCUAGAUAUCAAAGAGUUCAAGACCAACAUGGAGUUGUCUUUGACUGAGAAUUUUGGGUUUGUCCUUCCUUCCUCCAAAUCUCAAACUUGGUGGAGAAAUCUUUAUAUCCUAUGGUUUCUUUCCACAAGCAUACUGAAAUAGAAAAAUCACUGCUUUUGCUGGUGGUGGGAUCUGCAGGGUGAACCCAAGAGCCUAUGUACUUGAAGGUUAUCGGGGCUGCUUCAUAAAUCUAUGUAACAUCUUAAA